UUUCACAAACGUCAUUUUCCGGGGUUGCAAGAAGCAUCGCCUUCAGUCCACGUUAACUUUCCAAUUUUUCGAUAUAAAUUCGACAAUCCACGAUGACGCGAUACGUUAAAAUGGAAGAUGGAAAUAGCCUGACUAUUUCUGAAAUGCUAAAUAGCAUAGAAAGAUACAAUUUGGAUCACUUGAAGGAAAUUGAAGACUACGUGGAGGAGCAGGCUCGCGAAAACACAUACGAUUUAGAAGCAAACCUCGCUGUUCUCAAAUUGUAUCAAUUCAAUCCGCACAUGAUGGAUUUGGAAAUUACAUAUUUGAUUUUGUUGAAGUCGUUGACGAAUCUACCGCACACCGAUUUCGUCCUUGCAAAAUGUCUCUUGCUCCCAGUCCAAAUGCAAGACAACACAAUACGAGAAAUCAUUUAUCUGGCCGACAUCCUGGAGCAGUGUGACUUCCAACUCUUCUGGGACCGUGUGGAAAUGAAUCCGUCGUUGUUUUCACGAAUUGUUGGCUUCUAUGAUUCAAUCAGGAAAUUUGUGUGCCAUGUCGUCGGGAUCACAUUCCAAACUGUUGAAAAGAGUCUUCUGUCGAAGUUGCUGGGCGGUCUUGAUGAUGGAACCCUGAAUCAAUGGAUCAAGAGAAGUGGCUGGAAAGUGCAAGGACACAUGGUGUUCGUCGCAUCCCAGGAUGAGAAUAUCAAGACGAAGAACAUUACCGAGAAAAUUGAAUUUGAUACUUUAGCUGGCCUAAUGGCGUCCAUGAUGUAAUCCGGGAAUAUCCUGGAGAGAAAACAAAGACUAGAAAAUGUCUAUAAGUUUUAAUAAAAAUUCUCGGAGUUUAUAUAAAAGAA